CCCCGCCGCGGGCCGCAACAGGUGCCUCCCGGAGCAGGAAGCUCGCGCCGCAGCCGCCUCCGCCGCCGCUCAGCUCCCCGGGCGCGUCCAGCAGCCGCUGCGCCAGCGCGCCAUCCCGGGGCCCGCGUGCGUCCCCGCGAGGACAGCGACCCCGCCGCUGCCGCCGCCUCUCGGGCCCGCUUCCUGACCCCUUCGCACCCCCGGGCGAGGGUGCCCAGGAGCAGGCCGAGGCCGCGCUCGCCCCCGGCCCCGCCACCCUCCUGCCGCUUUGCGCGCCAUGGACGCCCCGGAGCCGCAGCCCGACCCCGACGGCGGGAACGCCCCAGGCCACGAGCCCGGGGGCAGCCCCCAAGACGAGUUCGACUUCUCCAUCCUCUUCGACUAUGACUAUUUGAAUCCUAUCGAAGAAGAACCGAAUGCACAUAAGGUCGCCAGCCCACCCUCCGGACUCGCAUACCCCGAUGAUGUCCUGGACUAUGGCCUCAAGCCAUACAGCCCCCUCCCCAGUCUCCCGGGCGAGCCCCCCGGCCGAUUCGGAGAGCCGGAUAGGGUAGGGCCGCAGAACUUUCUGAGCGCGGCCCAGCCAGCCGGGGCCUCGGGCCUGAGCCCUCGGAUCGAGAUCACUCCAUCUCACGAACUGAUGCAGGCAGGGGGCCCCCUCCGCGGGAGAGACGCUGGCCUGCUGGGGGAGCAGCCGGCCCUGGCCGGGGCGGCCGCCAGCCCGCGGUUCACGCUGCCCGUGCCCGGCUUCGAGGGCUACCGCGAGCCGCUUUGCUUGAGCCCGGCUAGCAGCGGCUCCUCUGCCAGCUUCGUUUCCGACACCUUCUCCCCCUACACCUCGCCCUGCGUCUCGCCCAAUAACGGCGGGCCCGACGACCUGUGCCCCCAGUUUCAAAACAUCCCUGCUCAUUAUUCCCCCAGAACCUCGCCAAUAAUGUCACCUCGAACCGGCCUCGCUGAGGACAGCUGCCUGGGCCGCCGCUCGCCCGCGCCCCGUCCGGCCUCCCGCUCCUCGUCGCCUGGCGCCAAGCGGAGGCAUUCGUGUGCCGGGGCCCCGGUCGCCCCGCUGCCCGGAGCCUCGCCCCAGCGCUCCCGGAGCCCCUCGCCGCAGCCCCGGGACGACGGCGCCCCCGCCGGCUACCCCGCCGCGGCCGGCUCCGCCGUCCUCAUGGACGCCCUGAACAGCCUCGCCGCCGACUCGCCCUGCGGCAUCCCCCCCAAGAUGUGGAAGACCAGCCCCGAGCCGGCGCCCGUGUCCGCCGCCCCGCCCAAGGCCGGCCUGCCCCGCCACCUGUACCCGGCCGCCGUGGAAUUUCUGGGCCCCUGCGAGCAGGAGGAGAGGAGGAACUCGGCCCCCGAGUCCAUCCUGCUGAUGCCGCCCACGUGGCCCAAGCAGCUGGUGCCCGCCCUUCCCCUCUGCAGUAUUCCAGUGACCGCAUCCCUCCCUCCGCUUGAGUGGCCACUCUCCCACCAGUCGGGGUCCUAUGAGCUGCGGAUUGAGGUGCAGCCCAAGCCACAUCACCGGGCCCACUAUGAGACAGAAGGCAGCCGAGGGGCUGUCAAAGCUCCAACUGGUGGCCACCCUGUCGUUCAGCUCCAUGGCUACAUGGAAAACAAGCCCCUCGGGCUUCAGAUCUUCAUUGGGACAGCUGACGAGCGGAUCCUUAAGCCCCACGCCUUCUACCAGGUGCACCGCAUCACGGGAAAAACCGUCACCACCACCAGCUACGAGAAGAUCGUAGGCAACACCAAAGUCCUGGAGAUCCCUCUGGAGCCAAAGAACAACAUGAGGGCGACCAUUGACUGUGCGGGGAUCCUGAAGCUGAGGAACGCGGACAUCGAGCUGCGGAAAGGCGAGACGGACAUCGGCAGGAAGAACACGCGGGUGCGGCUGGUUUUCCGGGUGCACAUUCCAGAGGCCAGCGGGAGGAUCAUCUCCCUGCAGACUGCAUCCAACCCCAUCGAAUGCUCCCAGCGAUCCGCCCACGAGCUGCCCAUGGUGGAAAGACAGGACAUCGACAGCUGCCUGGUCUACGGGGGCCAGCAGAUGAUCCUCACGGGACAGAACUUCACAGCCGAGUCCAAAGUCGUGUUUACUGAGAAGACCACAGAUGGGCAGCAAAUUUGGGAAAUGGAAGCCACGGUGGAUAAAGACAAGAGCCAGCCUAACAUGCUUUUUGUUGAGAUCCCUGAAUAUCGAAACAAGCACAUCCGUGCAUCGGUGAAGGUCAACUUCUACGUCAUCAAUGGGAAAAGAAAACGGAGUCAACCUCAGCACUUUACUUACCACCCAGUCCCAGCCAUCAAGACGGAGCCCACCGACGAAUACGACCCCACCUUGAUCUGCAGCCCGGCCCACGGGGGCCUGGGGAGCCAGCCUUACUACCCGCAGCACCCGAUGGUGGCUGAGUCCCCCUCCUGCCUCGUGGCCACCAUGGCGCCCUGCCAACAGUUCCGCUCGGGGCUCUCGUCCCCCGACGCCCGCUACCAGCAGCAGAACCCAGCGGCCGUCCUCUACCAGCGGAGCAAGAGCCUGAGCCCCAGCCUGCUGGGCUACCAGCAGCCGGCCCUCAUGGCCGCCCCCCUGUCCCUGGCGGACGCCCACCGCUCCGUGCUGGUGCACGCCGGCUCCCAGGGCCAGAGCUCCAGCCUGCUGCACUCCUCUCCGGCCAACCAGCAGGCCUCGCCGGUGAUCCACUACUCGCCCACCGGCCAGCAGCUGCGCUGCGGUGGCCACCAGGAAUUCCAGCACAUCAUGUACUGCGAGAAUUUCGCGCCCGGCACCGCCAGGCCCGGCCCGCCCCCCGCCAGUCAAGGUCAGAGGCUGAGCCCGGGGUCCUACCCCACGGUCAUUCAGCAGCAGAAUGCCACCAGCCAAAGAGCCGCCAAAAACGGACCCCCGGUCAGUGACCAAAAGGAAGUAUUACCCGCAGGAGUGACAAUUAAGCAGGAGCAGAAUUUGGACCAGACCUACUUGGACGACGAUGGAUCGAGUUGUGGUCUGCUUCAGUACUUGCAAUAGGGACGGCCAACUGGUGUUCCAUGGGCUCCAUUUAGCCUGCAGAUAUUUUGCUUGGCCCGCUCAGUAUUUGAAAAAAUAUUUGGAUUAGAUGCCAACGUUUAAAAACCGGGAGAUUGCACAUAAAAAUACAGAUUUCAGGCUUUCCUUGGAAAACCCAAGAAUCGGCUGCCCAGGGCCCCACAUGCUGCAUGGUGGCUACCUGGAAUCAAAGUCAAGGCUGACCUUAUGCAGAGACCACCUCCUUUAGAGCGCGUACUUGCCCUUGUCCGUAGCCCCCACCCCUCCCUCCUGCCUCCUGAAGGUGGAUGGAGUGUCUGUUGUUUUUUGCCAUCAUGGUUGUGUUCUUGUUCCUCUUAUACUUGGCCCACCUCACUCAGUCAGUGUUUCUUCCCGCACCUGUUCAGCAUUUGAAUUUGUGAUCUCUCUUCUGGAAGCGCCACUCCCACCCAUGGCUGCCUAACCCCGCCCUUGAUACAUAGCGAGGCUUAGGAGGUGUUAGCUCCCUCUGUCCUUCUUCCUUCUCCCUCUCUGUUGUCGGGGUUUAAGAUGUUUUUUAAAACAACCUUCUAUUAUGAAAUGUAUGCAAAUAUAGAGUAGCACCAAGUACCCACCACUCAGCUUCAACUGUUAUCAACUCACAGCUAAGCUGCUUUCUUCCAUACCUCUGGUCAUCUCCCACUCCUAUUUCACAGUAGUAUUUUUAAAAAAUUUUUAUUAGAGAGAGAGAGAGAGAACAUGUGCGCACACAAGCGGGGGAGGAGCCGGGGGAGAGGGGGAGAGAAUCUCAAGCAGGCUCCAGGCCUAGCACAACGCCCGGCGUGGGGCUCGAUCUCACAACCCUGGGAACAUGACCUGAGCCGAUAUCAGGAGUCAGGCGCUUAACCAACUGAGCCACCCAAGUGGCCCUCGUAGCGUUUUGAAGCAAAUCCUAGACAUCAAAAAUCCUGGACGGCAGAACCGUAUCAUUGCAUGUGUAGAUACGUACUAUGUGUCUCUCAAAGAAAAGGAUUCUGAAAAUACUCGUAAUACUGUUGGCACAUAUGAAACAGUGAAAAUUCCUUAAUAUCAUGAAAUAUCCAGUCUUUGAAACUUCCUGGUGUCUCAUAUCUAUCAUCCAGGGUUUUUUCUUUGUUUUCAUUAUUUUACAGAUUGUCUGAAUCAGGAUUCAGACCGGGCCCAUACAUUGUAAGUGGGAUUCCUUGGUUCCUCUAAGUCAGCUUUAAUCGAGAGGUUCCCCUUUAGAACUGGUCUUUAUUAUUAUUAUUAUUAUUAAUUAUUACUAUUUUGCCAUUUCUUUGUUUAAAAACCAGGUUCCUUAUCCUGUGAAAUAUCUCAGUCUGGCUUUUGGCGAUUAUAUUCCCAUGUCCCCUUGUCUUCUCUAUUUCCUGUAAGUUGGCAGUCGAUUCUAGAGGCUUAAUUGGUUCAGGUUCAUCUGUUUUGGCCAAGACUGCUUUGUAGGUGGUGGUGGACCCUUUUGUCAGGAAGCACGAGGUGGGGGUGCCUCUCUUUUGGUGAUGUUAGUAACUGUCGACAGCCAGUGCCCGGCUCCCUUCAUUCACUGGUGUGCAAAAUGGCGAUAUUCUAGUCUAAUUCUGUCUUCCCUUCCUCUUCUGUUAGUUUGGAAAACUUCUAUAAAGAGAGACGUCCCUUCCUCAACAAUGGUAUAAUUCAUAUAGGAAAAGAAAGAUGAAUGCUUGAUUCUUUCCCUUUAUUUACCAGUUUUUAAAAUAAUGGCUUGGUUCCUCACCAUCCUCCAGGGGCAGUCAAUUAGGGUUUUGUACCAUUAUGAACUCCCAGAUUUAAACAUAAUUGAUGUUUUAAGAUUUUAAUAGGCUUUUUGGGGGUAGGUCCUUUUGUCCUCAUCAUUGGAUGGAGCUAAAUAAUAUGACUUCCUCUCCUUUCUUUCUCUGGCUUAGCAGUGUGCUUCUUCUGAGGUGUCAGGGAGGAAAGCCUCCUGCAUGUAGACUAAGGGGUCUGAUCCCUACAUGUGUGAAAGGGAAAUCAUAAAACAGCUCUCGCAUGCCAGCUGGCUGAUCUCCUCGAAGCAUUAGGGAGUCUGGAUGUGUGACUUCAGAAGAGUUGGAGUUUGCAGGGCAGGAGAAAGUUACGUAUUGAUUAGGUGUACAGGACCUGUGAGCAGAACACAAAGUAACAGGAGCCUAAACAGGGAAGAUGCUUGUUCUCUUACGUAACAGCACAGGUAUAAGCAGUCUGGGGCUGGUAUACUGGCCACGAGGUGCCAAGACUAGGCUCCCUCCGUCUUAUCCUUCUGCCAUUCUCAGGGUGGUGCCCCCAUCUGCAGGGUCCAGUUUGGCUCCCGGAUGGGGGAGAGGGCGGGGCCAAGGAGGAGGAAAGGCAUGCCCCUUCCCUUUAAGGGCAUAACCUGGAAAUCUCACACGUCCCUUCAUCUGACACCUCAUUGGCUGGAGCCCUGUCAUGUGACCGUGCUGAGCGGCAGAGGAGUCUGGGAAAUGUAGUUUUAAAUAGUUACACUUCCCAACCAUAAAACCUGUUCCUCUGGAUGACAGGAGAGCAGAUUUGGGGCCUCUGCACAUGAAGCACGAUAGCAAUGGGAAAAGAGCUCCAAAAAGAGGUUGGGUGUUUUGUAAUCUUUAACGUUCCUAGGGGUUUCUUCAUCUCUUCCCCAAGUAUUUACCGAAAGCUUCCCUUGUGCCAAGUGAGCUUUUUAGAUCCUGCAGGCACAGUCGUACAUGAAACGGAUGGAGUCCCUGCCUUCGUGGAACUUACCUCCUAGUCGGGGAACCAGACGGUUAAAUGAACACAUAUUAUAAUGUCCCGUGGCCAUGGCGCUAUGAGGAAAACCUGAAACACAAUGGGGAAAGAGGCCUUACACGUCCGGCCGCGGGGAUCCAGAUUCAGGAACACUUCUCCUCGGGGUCAGUCCAAGAACCCCAAGACUUUUCUUUCCCGUCUUUUCGCCUGAGUCAAGUUUCUCAGCCUCGACACUACGGACGUUUGGGGCAGGAUAACUCUGCGUGGUGGGCGCUCCCCUACCCACGGCAGGUGUCAGGCGUCAUCUCUGGCCUCCGCCCACCCGACUCCGGCAGUCCACCUGCCCUGCCCCAGUUGUGACAGCCAAAAACGUUCUCAGGAUAUUUCCAAAAGAUCCCUGGGGGUGGAAAAUUGCCACAAGUUAAGAGUCCGAAGGAUUUAGCGCCUGAUUCUGGCAGAAACCGUGCCUUCAUCAUGUUGCAUGCUGACCAAACUGUGCGGUUUUUUUGGCGACACGGGGAUCCGCUCCAGAAGAAGCCUGUUGUUUGUAGAUGGGAGAAUUCUUACAUCUCCCCGGGUGUGUAAAGCCACCAGGAACUAGUUUCUCGCUGUGCACAUUGGCUAUCCUGGUGAAUGCCCAGGACCGUGGCUUCAGGGUCAGAUGUCAGUGAGUAGUUGUAGUCAGAGAAGCUUGACUUGGAGCCUGCUUUGCCUCCUCCUUGCUUGUGGUCUUGGGUGAGGCAUGUGUGAAAAGCCAUUUAUAGACUGUCAAGUGCCCCACAAACAAUGGGGGAGGGGAGCUGGCAGGGUGGGUGUAGCCUCCUUUAGCAGGGGCUGGUGGGCUGGCUGCUUCAGGAAACUGCCGGGAGACCUCUCAGUUGGGCAUUUGCCUUCUUGGUUUGCUUCUAGUCAACCGAUUGCCCAUUCGUGUAUUCCUUCUUUGAAAAGACAUCUGCUGCCAUCCUACUGUGUGCUGGGCUUUGUGCCAGGUGCUGGGACACAGCAGUGAAUCUGUCGGAAAAGGCCCCUCUUCUGACAGUCUCUAGAGAAGAAGAUGCUAAUCAGAAAUGAACCAGUGGGGCGCCUGGGUGGCUCAGUUGGUUGGGCGUCCGACUUCGGCUCAGGUCACGAUCUCACGGUUGGUGAGUUCGAGCCCCGCGUCGGGCUCUGUGCUGACAGCUCGGAGCCUGGAGCCUGCUUCCGAUUCUGUGUCUCCCUCCCUCUCUCUGUCCCUCCCCCACUUGUGCUCUGUCUGUCUCUCAAAAAUAAACAAGCAUUAAAAAUUUUUUAAAUGAACCAAUAAAUAAUGAGAAUUUCAGAUGGGGCUAAGUGCUGUGAAUAAAAUAAACCAGGUAAUGGUAGGGGAGGGAGGAACUUCAGAUGGGGCCGUCAGGGACAGUCUGCUUGAGGAAGUGGCCUUGACCUGAGACCCAGAAGAGGAGGAGGUGGUGGAAGAGAAUUCCAGGCAGGUAGAACAGCAUGUGCAAAGGGCCAGCGCUGGGAGGAAGCCUGAUUGUGCGGGGGGGGGGGGGGGGAGGGAGCAGAGAGAGGUCUAGUGUAGCUGACAGCCAUGGCCAGGAAGGGAGUUGAGAGGGUGGUUUUGAGAGGAAGCCAGACCACACAGGGCCUCAGAGGCCACAGUGAGAGGCUUGGAUUUGAUUCUGGGAGGGAAGGGAGACUGCUGGCGGGUGGCAGGCUGGGGUGUGUGUGUGUGAGGCUGGGGUGUACAGGAAAUAAUUAUGGCAACAUUCUCUCGCGCGUACUGAGCGCCUUUGGAGGGCAGAGACUAAUUACCAUCUCCGAAUCACAGCUGGGAGCCCAGGCCGAGGAGGGGGGUGGGAUCUGUCUCAGGUCACAAAACUGGAGGCCCAGAGAAGGAGCUGUGAGACACGCCUGCAUAGGGAUGACACGAGAGGGUCCUCUAGAUCAAGUUCGUACACAGAGCGGAGCAUUUAUCGUGGGCUUUUCACCCCUUCUGUCUGAUGAGACCCCAGAAAAUCGGCUUUCGCUGCAGAGCCGCCAAUCUGACCGCCUCCUGGACGUCCCCACGUGGCCGCCCCACGGGAUCAGGUGCCCGCCCCACUCGGUCCCUCGCUCCCUUAUCGUACAGCUGCCUACGGAAUGUGGGGGCGUGGCCUUAGGCAAGUGACUGAACACCUCCGAGCUCACCGUCCGCUCAGCAGUGACAGUGCUUCGGGUUUCAACGGUUGACGCGUGGCCGGUUUAAGUGACGCACAUAACAGGGUCAGCCACGUGGUGGGUGCUUGGCAGGGAGUAACCGUCCGCUCGUCAUCUUCCCUGUGACCGUCUCCAUCCGUGCCAGGCUGAGGAGUGGCCUGUCCCCACAUCCUCCCCGCCAGCCCUUCUUCAGUACCCUCUUCCCGGUUCCGGGUUGAAGCCGUCUGCUCAGACACCACAGGGAGCCUCGUCUCGGGGCCCCUGGCCUGUCUGCUGGACGCCCCCUGAGUGAGGGGUGCGGGUGUGGGUAGCUGUCCUGUGGGUACUGGCAGACGCCCGGAGGCAGCCCAACUGCCUGUCAACCAGGAACAGUCACAUAGGAGGUCCUGAGCAGCUUGGGGCAGGUAUGGAGGGGAGACCUCUUCCUGCUUGCGUUUUUGUACCUAGGGAUUUUUUUCUUCUUCUUUGCUCUAGGCAGAUAUUACUUAAGAAAAUUGCAAAGAGGAAAAAAAAAAAAGGGAACACAAUCAGGUUUUAGAAACGAUCCUCCAGGCUCGUGUAAAAAACGGGGUUUUAGAAGUAGAAGGCUUUCAGUUCUUUUUCUUAAAAAAAAAAUAUUUUUUUAAUGUUUACUAUUUUGAGAGAGAGAGAGAGAGAGAGAGAGCAUGAGCAGGGGAGGGCAAGAGGGAGACACAGAAUCUGAAACAGGCUCCAGGCUCUGAGCUGUCAGUGCAGAGCCCGACGCGGGGCUUGAACUCACAAACUGCGAGAUCAUGACCUGAGCCGAAGUUGGACGCUUAACCGACUGAGCCACCCAGGAGCCCCCAAAGCUUUCAGUUCUGCUUAGGGGUACGUCUCACCAUCUGGAUGCACAGUUGUCCCUCUCGGCUUUGAGUGGAGGAUGACACAAAGCUCUGCGGAGACUUUCUUGCCUCUCAAUUCAUGCCCACACCGUAACCUCCGCCUGGAACGCCGUCCCCUCCCUCUUGUGCCUUUUGGAGUCUGACCAGUAUUUCAAGGCUCUGACGAGCUGUCUUCUCUCUGCAGCUGCUGAAGGGGGCGGCGGGGGACACGCUUCUCUUUCUCUGAGUCCCAGAGACACACAGGGUCCCUGGCAGGCGUGUUUCACCACAUACACCUCUCAGGUGUUUCUGUGCAUUUUUUCUCCCUCAAGUCCAAGUCUCUGGGUGGGAAGUACUAACAUCUCGACUUGUCUGUACCCACAACUGCGCCUGGGAUGGCUUCGCACACGGUAGGUCCCUGACAACGUUUGCUCAUGUCCCCAUUUGCUCAGAGCCUCACCCAGCCCCCUGCACGUAAGAUGUGUGGAAUUGAGCGAGUAUCCGAGAGCAAAAUAGGCAGCAAAAACUGCCCCUACAGCAGUAUUUCAACCAGACCUAGGAUGAGCGAGGGGACGUUUUAGUCGUCUGGCCUGAUACGGCCCAGAGUUUCCCCAAGCACAAGUGCCUCGUCCUUGAACGUCCCGCUGGGACCGUGCAGCGCGGGGAGGCUCCGGCGGGUCCCUGGGUUCCCUCUCAACGCCCCGCUCUCCAGGCCUCCGACGGCCCAGCGGACUUGACGGAGGCAGGGCCCGGAGGCCAGGCUGGGGCAGGCCUUCAAAAAUGCGCUGGCCGCGGGGCCCACUAGAAAAUCGAUUUCUCGCCUCCAGCCAGCCGCGCUGCCCAGCGCCGGGCCAUCCUGCAGCUGUUGUGACAGCAAAAGCAAGUGCCAUGGAAACGAUUGUGCAAAAAGCCCGGAGCAGGCUGCCCGGGGAGAGUGUGUUCAGUAGCUUCAGCGCGGCCCUCCGGCUCCCCUGUUAUUCUGUUGUCCUUGGCGUGGGCUCGCGCUGGGCUCCAGAUCGCUCCUUCUGCAGGGAGACCCGCGACGCGGCUCCCUUCCCAUGCCAAGAGGCCGGCCCAGCUGGCACACGUGCCCCUCUUCCCUCUGCGGGGCCACCUGCCAGCUCCCCGCUCCUCCCUAAGAUAGCGUCCCCGGGCCCGGCCGGCCGGGAGCGAGGUGGCCAGGGAUGCCCGCGAUGGGCAUCCGAGCUGGCCCGGGCUUCCCUCUGUAAACAGCCCAGUGUUUGCAUCCCGGGGCCUGCCAGGGCUCUCCUGGCCCGGCCAGCAGGGCCUCCCUCCCGCUGUGGUUCCAGGCGUUUCUGGGGGCGGAAAACAGAAACCAGCCCUGUGUUCUCCAGACUGCCAGGCUUCUGAGAAAUGCAUGCCUUAGCCCAGGGACUGGGGCUCCCUUUUCCUGCUGACCCCUGGCCCCGAUCAGAGAUGGGGACCAGCUCCCCCCCGCCGGUGUCCUGUUCUGAUCAGAGAGAAGAUUCUAGGGACGGUCUUCGGCCCCACCUACAGUUGCACCCCUGUACUUACUGGGCCCUCCCCUGACCCCACUCCGGCUGCUGGGUGCACGGGGCCUGGGGCUCACCUCAAGGUGGCCUCUUGGCCCUUGACUGUGGCCAGAACCACCCUGGAAAAAGUUUCCUAAAUUCCAACUCUAGAUCACCUCCCUGGGGCACUUGCUGCUCUGAGGGAGUUUCCUGCCUUUCAGGGUCCCUCCCCGCCAACCCCUUGUGGCUGGUGUUGGCAGAGGGACAGAAGUAAGAGCGACCUGUUUAAAGUCCUCCUUGCUGAGGUGGGAAUGACCACUAAGAUCGGUGGGUGAUGGAAUUUCCCCCGGUGGGUGCUUCAGAUUUCCGGGAGGGGCUUUUCAUACCAGUGGGUCUCUUAAGGAGAACUGGGAUGGGGCAUCUUCACGCGGACAUUGGCGCCUCUGGCUUGUGUUUUGGGAAGUUCGGCAUCCUGGCCCGAGCCGUUGGCCCUUGGAUCUGUUUGCACUCAACACAUCUGCUGAGCGCCUACUGUGUACCAAGCUGAAAACAAGUCACAGGGUAUCGGCUCAGCAGACUCACUUGUGGUUUGUGAUAAGGUGAGUGUAGUUUGUGUGUGCACAGGGGGGAGUGUGUGCCCGGGAGCUAGUAGGGGCAAGAAAAAGAAGUUGGCCCAAUCAGGUCCUCCUCGGACUUCAGGGUUAACUCUGAUCAUUUUAGGCCCGAACAAAAAGCUCUGUCUUUGCCAUUAAACCAACGUUUCUGGGCGACGCAGAGGUACCGGGUAGAGUGGUUUCGAGUUUGUGCCCUGGCGUCACCCGCCUGCAUUUAAAUCCUGGCUCGGCCACCUGCUGUCUCUUUGGCUCUGAGUAAGUCCUCCAGCAGCACCCCCCCCCCCCCACUCCCCGGGCUGUCAGUGAACUACCAGAGGGGAAUAAUAAUUGCCACCUAUUCAUGGGGACUCGUGAACACUGAUUGGUCAGCGUGCGUAGAUGUCUUAGGACACGAUGUGGCAGUCACCAGCAUUACGCAUCGACACCUGCGGCCAGACAGGUAAAUGGGCAGGCGCUGGGUGGAUGAGGGGGGUCCCUGUGCUGUGGAUCUUGCAGCCUAAGGGAGAGUAGGGAUGCUAAGUGCACAGAAUUGUGUUUCACAUGGUGAGACCGGCUGUGAAGGUGUUUCGGAGGAAACGACGUUCUCCUGCCCCUGGUGUGCUAGAGGCCAGUCCCCUGAAGGGUCACUGCUGACUGCUGCUCCUUGCUAGUUCUUACGUGGUAGACACGCAGGGAACCGGGCUCCACUGUCUUCCUUCUUCCUUGUCUCCAUUCCCUUUCCCCCUGCCCCCCUUCCUUCCUCCUCUCUCCUU